GUCGUCCACAUAUCGUCCUCUUGAAAACCUGAGCAUCCUGCCGUACCGCUGCAUAGGUACUUGCCAUGCCAGGUUGUCACGGAUCCAGGACAUGGACAUAUAAUACCUGAACGUGCUGCCCUCAAUUCCUUCCGUCUUCUAACCAUACCUAACCACAUCAUCUCGCAACAAACACAACUCAAUCCCGCUCAUCCACCACAAACAUGUCCGACGCACUUCGUCAAAGCACGACCGACAAGGCUUCUUCCACGAUGAAGCCAGACAGCCAGAAGUCUACUGUUGAGUCGAUCGGCGACAAGGCGAAAGGUGCUAGCGACUCGAUCGCAGGCAGUAUCCAGCCAGAGGAGCAGAAGUCCACUACCCAGAAGGCUACCGACGGCGCCGAGAGCUACACUGGCCAGGCCAAGAAUGCACUCGGACUGGGAGACAAGAAGUAGCGCUUCCAUCAAUGCAUAGGUCAGGUAGCUUUGGUCUGUCGUUGCGUGCACACGAGACCGGAACAGGGUCGGAAGCCAUGCGAGGCAAUGGAAUGUAGUGACCAUGACAGCUAGAGGAGGCAUAAGUGGCAGGGUCUAAUCCGGCAGCAGUAGGAGGUACAUGUAGGUAGCAGAAGAAUGCAGUCGUCAUCAUGCCAUGACGGCAACAUGAGCUU